AUGGCUCCUCCGCCGCGCUUGCGCAUUUUAUCAGUCGGCAGCAAUGCUAUCUCGGCCUUCCUCUCGUGGAGACUUCAGGCGACGACCUCCUGCGACGUGACACUAGUGUGGAAAUCGGGCUAUGAGUCGGUAUCUCAAUAUGGAGUAUCCUUCAAGUCGAAAGCUUUCGGUAAUGAGCGCUUCAAGCCUCGUCAUGUUGUCCGCACACCCGAAGAUGCCGCAUCUCGCGAGAACGCAUUUGACUACGUCAUUCUGUGUGUCAAGGCACUGCCAGAUGUCUACGACCUGGCUUCAGUCAUCGAAUCCGUCGUCACUCCUCAACAUACGUGUAUCCUCGUGAACACAACGAACACAUUGGGAGUAGAAUCACACCUAGAGCAGCGGUUUCCUACAAACGUCGUCCUUUCGCUUGUGUCUGGGGUGGAGAUUUCUCAGAUUGGUGCCAGCGAGUUCGAGCAUCUAAACUCAUCGGAGAUUUGGGUUGGUGCCACAAGCAAGCAAACCAGCAUUCCUUCUACAAUUCAGAAUGAUAUGGCUGCUGCACUGGCGAUGACACUGGCUUCUGGCCAAGUGGACUGCAAAGUAUCAGAUAAUAUCAGACAGGAGCAAUUCGAUCGUAUGAUAGGCCCUAUUGCUUUCUACCCCACUAGUGUAAUGUUUGAAACCUCCAACCACACACAACUUCUCGAGAAGGUCGGCGUACGCCAACUUGUCUCAGACAUCAUUGAGGAGCUCCUCGAGCUUGCGCGUGCGAACGGCUGCUCUUUUCCGAAUGACUUUGCUAAGAAGACGAUUGAAACGAUGACCGCCAAUAGUGCACCAAGUACGAUGUAUCAGGACUUCCAAGCCCGCCGUCCAAUGGAAAUUGAGACAUAUCUCGGAUCUCCAAUCAAAUUGGCGACUGAAUCAGGUGUCCGUAUCCCUCGGAUUGAGACUCUCUACGCAGUGCUUCAUCAUGUCAAUGCCACGAACUUGAGUAAGCCCCGGACCAACGAAUCUCCUCCACCUGUGCUGGCUCAACCGCCACCUCGGAUGUCUUCGGCACCGCCGAGAGGACCGAUGAAUGGCCCUAUGCGUGGAGGCAGGGCUCCUUCUGGCAUGAUGCCUAGACGUGGGCCACCACCCCACCCAGGAAUGUCAAGACCCCCGAGCGCACAGCCGCAAAUGGCCAGGAUGCCUCCUCGUGACCCUUCAUUGGAAGGUCUUGAGGAGUUCAGCCACCUCGUCAUGUACGAUGAUGCUGCCACAGCCGCAGCUGUGGCUGCAGAGAAUGGCGUACCGCCUCAGAACGGCACUAACGGCUAUCCGGAUAUGCCGCCCGGGCCUCCAUCUUCCGCAGCUGAGUUGGCUUUGAGGGAACGAGAACUGGCGAUCCGACAGCGUGAGUUGCAGAUCAGAGAACAGGAGAUGGGUAUGCGUCGAGGUCCCCGGCGACCACCUCCACCCCCGAGAUCGACAUUUGAUGAAGAGGACGAGGAUGACUAUUUCGAUCCAAUGGAUACUUUGCCGAUCCCAUCAAUCGAUCCGGACCAAGUGGACAUGUUGAGUAUCACAUCGAGACGGACGAAGAAAUCAGCCCCCAGUGCCAGUCAGCUCCGUAAGAACCCAGAAAUCACUUUAAAUAAUGGCGGCGGCGGCGGCGGCGGUAGCAGGCCCGGGUCGUCCUUUAGCCGGUACUUCGGAGGAAGGAAACGUACCAGCGAUCGGAUCAUGCAGGAAAUCCCUGGCCUUCAUGAUUCUCUCAUGGACAAUCCUAUGAUGGCGUACGCAUCGAAUCGAUAUGGAGCGGUCGACAGAAACCACAUUCAGGCAGGGUCGCGUGCUAAUUCACUGACGGCCAGUCGAAUGGGUGACUACCCACCACAUCCUUACCCAACCAGUAGGAGGAACAGCCAGUCUCCGGCAACUCCUCCCUACGGUCCGCCUGGCCCUCGAAUGGGCCGACAAGGAACAUCCCAAGAUCCAAGCCUAGGCCCACCGAACGGCCCUCGCGGCGGCCAACCGUCGCCGCCCGGACAAAUGCGGGCGCCAGUCCCCAGACAUCCGCCUGGACAAGGUAAUGCGGUAGGUCCGCAGCAAAUUGAGCAACAAUAUGGGGUGAGCAAUUCGUCUUUAGCCAAGGGCACUCCCAAGCAUAGAAGUCUGACCGGAAGUGCGAGCGCCAGCGCGGAGAGUGGUGAUAGUGGGGCCAGUGCGAAUCUUGAUUCCGAAACCUCAGCCCAUAGCAGCCAAAUCAGCUUGAAUGCUCACCAAGCUGCGACGCCCGUUCGUUGA